GCCGGAACGUUUCACAGCAGAGUUUGUUUUUAGCCUAAUUUGGAUCAUCGUAAGGUUGGGACUCUCACAGCAUAUUUGGUAUGACUAAUUCUGGCAGGACCAUUAGAAGGCAGGGAAUCUCAAAGCAGAGCUGGUGCUGCUAAUUCGGCUGGACCAUUAUACAAUUGGGGCUGUCUCAGCAGACCUGGUGUGGCUAAUUCGCGAUCGUAAUAAGUUUUGAGCUAUCAGGUAAAAAGUAGGUGGGACUUACACAGCAAAGUACAUGACUUAUGCAGUGAAUUUUCUGGAGGUGAAAUUCUUGAAUUAUUAAUAGGCAAGUCUCACAGAAGAGCACUUGAAACUUAAUCUGGACAAUCAAAAUGUGGAACUCACAUAUUCGACCUCCUUACCAUCACAGGACUCUCACAGCAGAGCAGGUGUGAUACACUCUAAGCCAUCAGAAGGUUGAGACCCUCACUGCGGAGGUUUUGAAUAAACCUGGACCAUUGGAAGUCUGCACUCGAUUCACUUCCAUACUUAUGAAAAUAUAUGAAGGUUGGACCCGAUACAGGAGUCUGUUUGCCUUAUUUUUGACUAUUAAAAAGGUAGUGAUAUAACAUCAGAGCUUCCUACUACUCAGAAAAUAUCUCUAGGAUUGGCUCAAACAGAGUUUGUUUAACUUAUUCUGGCUGGACCAGCAGAACGUUGGGACCCUAACAGCAGAACUGGCGCGACUUUCUCUAGCGGGACUAGCAGUAGUACAAAUCCUGCUAUGAAGGUGAUUGGGUAUUGCGAGUGAGGUUUUGUAUAUCUACUACUGUCCGUGCACAAUGAGUAUAUGUUACCACAGGGAACAGGGAGGACAGUUCAGAUCCGCUGCUGUCGAGUGUGUGAAGGCGUAGGGAGCGGUAUGUCGGAGAGAUACAGACAAAUCGCUGGGGUUUACAUGGCCGCUAUAGUCCUGUAGUGCAUGCUCUGUUUUGAAGUACUCUCGUCGGUAGGAAGACAUUUCUUACGUGUUUGGAUCUUGGAAUAUUAGGGAGCUGGACGAGACAGAGCGGAUGCCAUUCGCACUUGUCAGUAAAAGCACUGAUAGAGGAACAGGGACGCUUGGACCGACUAUUGUCGUUUUUUAAGAAAUUGACAAGUUUGUUACGAAGAACUUCCUAAUACCAUUUGUUUUAAAAGUAGGAAUAUAUUUCCCGCAAUUUCGAAAUGUGUACCACAUAAACCCCUCGUUUCUUGUGAUCUUACCACUCAUUCGUAUCGUCACAAUCAAAGGACCAUUCGGAACAUCUCGGAUUAGUACUCUUAUUUCGAACUUUUGUAUAUGUGUGUGUGCAAAAGUCACUGUUAGAUAUGGAUCGGAUUUCAGUGAAUAGGUUCUCCUUCCGAAGGAAAGGAAGUACGAGAAAGGAGAAAGAAAAGGAGCAAGCCUUUGACUACUCUAAAUUAUCUUAUAUCAGCCAAGAUGAAGCUCAAAAGAUCGACCAGGAAUUGUUCGACGAGUACCGGUUCAGUUUGGACCAGUUGAUGGAAUUGGCCGGGUACAGCUGUGCCGUUGCCAUAGCAAAGUGCUAUCCUCCCGAAACAAUGACACGUGACAACCACGCGGUCCUGGUUUGCUGCGGCCCUGGUAAUAAUGGCGGUGACGGCCUUGUCUGUGCCAGGCAUCUUAAGAUGUUUGGUUUCAAACCAUCCAUCUACUACCCCAAACAGAAUAAGAAGGACCUGUUCACGAAUUUAAUGAAGCAGUGCGAAGGGAUGGACAUGCCUUUUCUCUCAUUCUUUCCUUCUGAGGCCCAUCUCAUUACACAAUCCUACAACCUAGUGGUAGAUGCCUUGUUCGGCUUCAGUUUCAAGGGACCGCCCCGAGCAGACUUCGCUAGCGUACUACAGACCUUAGCCAAAGUGGAAAUCCCAAUCUGUAGCAUAGACGUUCCUUCGGGAUGGGACGUGGAAAAUGGUAACCCUGAGGGACUUCAACCGGAAUUCCUCAUCUCUCUCACUGCGCCCAAAUUGUGCGCCAAGUUGUUCAAGGGAAAGUAUCAUUACCUUGGAGGGCGUUUUGUGCCGAAGACCAUGGAGAAAGCCUACGGAUUGUGUCUACCUGCCUACCCCGGGACAGAUUGCGUUGUUGAACUUAAAACUCAGACGCCACACGAGCAAAAACCGGAUGAUAAGGACAAAGACAAAGAGAAUCAAGCCUGAAUUUUAACGUCAACUUGAUGACGUAAUAAUGACAUUUUAUAUGUGUGGAUGACAAACUAUACCGAGUAUAAAUGAACUUCCGUCACUUCCGUUUGUAUUAACGUGUAUGCAUGGCUAAAGUGAACCGGCGUGUCUUUAUUGGCUUUGUGUGCAUUCCCUGGCCUCAUUUUACCGUAAUCAUGACGUCAGAGAUACUUAAUGACAAGUGUAUAAUUUAUCAAAAUUAUUACAAUAACCAGUAAUAUCUAUCUUUUAACAAAAUAGAAAGUCUAAAAGAAGAGUAAGAGAUUAGUAGGUUUCAUUGGUAAUGCGCAGAUUCUGAUUACUACAGUAAUGUGUACUAUUUUUUGAUGAUGUACAUGUAUGUACAAGUAGUUUUGGUUAUGUCUUUUUAUUUUCCAUCCGCUCUGCGUUGUCACUAUGUUACCAAACCAAACAAAAUAGAUCUUUAUCAAAUCACAAUUCUCAUUGGUGUAGUGGUAUGGAAACAAUAUACGUGACGUCGUAAAUAGAUUACGUCGUUCUGUCUGACGUUACCAUAUUAAGUGUAUUUUUGACGUCACCAAUAUUCGCACUACCGGACGUACAAAACGAUUGAUCAAUGUAACUUGCACUAAUUUAUGUAGUUAUGUUAUAGAAUUUAAAUUGAAGGUUUGUGUUGAUUUCCACGAACUACAUAGUUUUUGCCGGGAAUACCGCGUGCACUCGUGACCAGAAUAGGUCCCGAAAUAUCACUUUGGAAUGCGAUAACACUGUUUAAGAUCGAAUGUAAAACAAACUUGAAUUGAAAACGGAAUUAUAAGUAUCAAACUGCGUUUGGAAAGUUUUGGUCCUAUAACGUGCGUUAUGAUUAAUUUGUCUGCAUUCCUUUUAGAAUCAUAGUACGAUAACUUUUCAAAGAAGUCAGUUUAAUGUUUAAAUAUUCACUGAUGCUGAUGACGUAUGUAUAUACACUAAUUCUGAUGACGUGUACACUGAUCCUGGUGAAGUGUGACUGUUAACUGAUUCUGAUGACGUAUGUAUAUACACUGAUUCUGAUUACGUAUGUAUAUACACUGAUUCUUAUGACGUAUGUAUAUACACUGAUUCUGAUGACGUAUGUAUACAUACACUUAUUCUUAUGACAUAUGUUUGUAUCUAUUCAGAUUACGUAAUCAUAACUUGAUUUAAUCUUAAUAAAUCGUAUAUUAAAUUUAACAGAUUGCCAUUGUAUAAUCGGGAUAUUUCGUGAGAAAACUUUAAUUAUCGCCAGCACAGUGAUUCAACAACAAGCCUUAUAUUAACUAGAGGUUUGCAUUUGGUUUUAAAACAGGCGAUGAUACUGUUGUUAUUACAAGCACUGCAAACCUGUUAUCCGUUGUUUGUUGCUUAUAGCAUUUGUACAAUCCCAGAAAGGUGGAAUGAAUGUUUAGCUCAAUCAUAUGUGCAAUCUAAAAUUAUUUCUUCCCGGCCGAAUGUUUUCCUGUGCACAGUAAUUUAGAUGCACAGUUCAUGUUACAUAAACACCGUUGUCCAUUUCUAUAUUGAUCUAAGCUUGUUACCGAGGAGAUCGUUCGUGACUGUCAAUAACAAUAAUUUUGCAUUAUACAAUUACAAUGCUAUAUAUAGACUGUAUUCAAGUUUUGAUCGAUGUGUUGAAUGGUUUAAGAUUUGUUAGGUAUAUCAAAACAUUGUCUCUGUCAGAAAUUCUGAGGUGGCUGUGUUAUACAGUAAAACCUCUCUAACCCGGAUACGUCUCGUUAGUUACAAUGUUGCAGCCAGCGACUUUAAUCCAUUUUACAGCGGAACCUCAAAAAUCCGCAUGCUUCGAUUUCUGACAAAAAGAGACAACUUUUUAUGUACCUUUGUCAAGGAAUGGAAUGAUAUCUUUGAAAACUUGUUUGUAUUACAUAGAGAUAUUAUAAUACAUACCAUAAUUUCCUGGGGAAGGUAGCAAUAUACUCAAAGUUCUGACACAUGUAUAAUUCUUUAAAGUGACUAUAACUGUAGAUUUCGUACUCAUCAAACGAUAGUUGUUUUAUAUAUAGUGAAAUGGGUUUAAAAUAUAGCGAUACACGAGUUUACCUUGGCUGAUGUUCGUAAACAAUACUACACGGAGAAAGCCGAGUGGAGCCGAAUGGACAGGAAGGGAGCCACGUGGGCGACGAGACCGCAAAGUGUUCUGCUGACGAGCGAUAAUAAAUAGGACCUACCAAAUAAAUAAUUAUUGUUUUGCACUGAUUUAGGUAUUUACAAAACAUGUUUGCGGACACUUUUAAUUGUCGUAAGUGAGGGAAAAUUUUAGCUUGACGAUCAAUGUUUUAGAAAUAUUACGCCUGAUAUUAUUUUUCAAGCGAUUUUUACAGUUAUAGUCGCUUUAAAUGUUUUUCUAUAGUUCAAUUUUUGGGAUUUUCCCAGGAGUUUGAACCAAAAGGAAUGUAUUUAAUUCAAUUUUUGAGAUUUUCCCAGAAGUUUGAACCAAAAGGGAUGUAUUUCUCGCAGAAAAUGCGAAAUAGACUUCAAUUUAUUUCAAUUUUCAAAUCUCUUUGUGAAAUAUCAUUGUUUUCCUGAAAAUAAACAUUAUAGAUAGAGCGAGUAUUCAGGUUUGCUCGAUACAACAAUGGUUAAAACAUGUAAUAGGCAUACUGCUUCUGCCGGUAAUCAUCAAGGUAAUAUCUCAAUUAAAGUAUUAUACUAGCA